AUGUCACAUUGCACUUGGACACAUGGAGGUGCGAAAUGGGAAAAAUGUGAAAUUUGUAAAAGGCAGUUUUCCACACUAAACAAACUAAAAAUCCAUAACAGAAUACAUACUGGUAAAAAAGUUUAUCAGUGUAACCAAUGUGGCAGGAAGUAUUCCCAUCAUGCUACCCUUAGGCGACACCUCAGAACACAUGCUGAAAAUGAAGAACAAUCUCCUGAAACUCUUAAGAUAGAUGAAAAGAAAGACAGUAAUGUCAAGGAAAAGUCUGUCACUUCUGAAAAUCCUCAGAGCUUGAUUAAUGAUGAUGAAGCAAGGGAGACCGAGAAUUCUUCUGUAAAUCAACCUAUGCAUUUACUACUUAGGUGUGGGUAUUGUUCCUUUAAAACAUCAACUGAUCGGGCGAUGCAACGACAUAAUUUUACAAAACAUGGCUUACGGGAGAUGGAAACACAAUUUAAUAGCGAAGUUUUUCAAGAAACAACAAUAAAUGAUGCCACAAAUUCAAGAAGAAUGUCCCCAUGUGAAUUAGCUCAGGAGUUGCCAAGCUCGAGUCAAGGAACUUUAGAUGAAGUCAAACCACUAUGCCUCUCUUCUUCUUACAAAUCUAGUGAAGAAAUCAAUCCACGAUCAUCUGAAUUAUAUGGUGACUCUCCGGACCAGGAAAAUAACUGUUCUGUGAAUAUUGGUCAAGAAGAUAUCUCAACUGAAGAGGAAAAUAGGGUGCAUCAAGAGGAGGAGGAGGAGGAGGAGGAAGAAGAAGAGGGGGAGGAGGAGGAGCAAAUCUUGGGUUCUAAUCAUCCUGCUUCCGAAGCACAACUAGUUCAACAAGACAACAAUGCAUAUGAACAUCAACAAGUCAGUAAUGACCCUCAAAAUACUGUGCCUGAUGUCCAUGCAAGCCAGAUGGUGGUGUAUAAUGAAGCAAGCGGAAGUGGUAUACAAAUAAACAAUGCACGUUCAUUGGUUGUUAGCCAGCAGGAAUUAGAAUUAUUUUCUCCACAUCAGGACAAUACAAUAACCAGUGGAGUGGAGCAGUGCA